AAGUGUUAUUUUUCAAAAAUGAUAUUUGUCUAAAUUUCGUACAAUCUAGAACUUUCUUUUUUAAAUCAAAGGGUUCUAGCAUUUUCUCCAAACCCUCCUCCCAACUCUCUCUCUCUCUCUGUAUUUCAUUCAAAAGGGCCAAAAUCCCAUUUUCCUUUGUUGAAUAACACUCAUCAGUUGUACGGUCACAACAACCACAACAAGAAAGCUAAGUUACUCUGAGAAAAAUCAAUGGCAGAAAAGGAGGUAGCAUUAGAUUUGGAAGAACUCCGCCAUUUCCAAACCAUCGCCAAGAGGCCUCGUGUUCUCAAUCUCAUCUCCUCUGAGAUUCGCAACUUGGAAAAGUUGUCUAAAGAGGCUGUCACACCACCAAUAUCCCAAGCUCCAACCCCAAUUGCAACUGCGGCCAAAGUUCCCUCAACUCCAUCUGUGAGUUACAUUACUCUAGGCUCGUUUAGUUGGGAGCAGGAUAGUGAUAAAGUCAAGUUAUAUAUCUCUUUAGAGGGAGUUGACCAGGAGAAACUAGUAACUGAGUUCAAGCCCAUGGCUUUUGAUAUCAAAUUCCAUGAUGUUAAUGGGAAGAAUUAUCGAUGUGCUAUUCCAAAACUGAACAAAGAGAUUGUCCCUGAAAAGUGUAAGGUGUUGGUUAAGCCUAAAAGGGUUGUGCUUACACUUAUUAAAGCUUCCAAGGGAAAUUGGUUGGACUUGUACUAUAAAGAAGACAAGUUGAAGCCAAAGCUUGAUAAGGAACAAGACCCAAUGGCAGGAAUCAUGGACUUGAUGAAGAAUAUGUACGAGGAUGGGGAUGAGGAUAUGAAGCGAACUAUUGCAAAAGCAUGGACCGACUCGAGGUCAGGGAAGGUUACCGACCCCUUGAAAGGGCUUAAGUAGGGUAACAUGAAUAAAGAAGAAGCUGAAUUUUCAACUCCUUGGUACAGUGAUUUUGGUGUAUUGUCUUGUGUUUAGGGUUGUGGUUAUAUGGUUCUCUAAAUCUAAUGUCUUAGAACGAGUUUCUGUUGAGUUUGUAAGAAGCUUGGACUUGAGAACUCUUUUUUGUUAUGAAAUAGUUUUUAAAAUCAUUAUUAAAAAUUAUUAAUUUUUAAUUCUUAA